AUGCUGGUCACAACAUGCAUGGUUGCUUCAAUAAUGCUUCUUAUAUGGAAGACAAGCAUAUUGUGGAUAGCUCUUUUCGUUGUGAUAUUUGUUUCGAUACAGAUUGUGUAUUUAUCGGCCAUGUUAACUAAAUUCGUUCAAGGAGGCUUUCUUCCUUUGGCACUUUCUUUGUUUUUAAUGGCCAUUAUGGGGAUUUGGCACUACACACACAGAAAAAGGUACUUAUUUGAGCUCAAGAACAAGGUUUCUAGUGAAUAUGUAAGAGAGCUAGUAAGCAAAAGGGUUGUAUCUAGAAUUCCAGGAGUAUCACUCAUAUACUCAGAACUGGUUGAAGGAGUUCCACCAAUAUUUGCUCAUGUUAUUUCCAACCUAUCGCACAUUCAUUCUGUAGUAGUAUUUGUUUCCAUGAAGUCCAUCCCUAUUAGCAAAGUUGGCUUAGAUGAGAGAUUUCUUUUCAGACAGAUUCAACCAAAAGAGUAUAGAAUUUUCCGCUGUGUUGUGAGGUAUGGCUAUAACGAUGUGAUUGGAGAACCAAACGAGUUUGAGCAACAAUUAGUAGAACAGCUAAAAGAAUUUAUUCGUGAUCAAAAUGUUACUUAUUUGAUUGAGGGAGUGGGAGGAACUGAUGCUGACCAAACUAAUCACAACUUGUUUGUAACAAGCCAAGAACAAUCAAACAGUGAUGACGUUGUAAAGGACAGAAAAAGUUCUUCCAAUAGAAUAGCACCAGCAGCAACUUCUUCAUAUCAGGGGGUGGCUGUGUCUGGUGCUUCAUCAGAUUCUAUUCAUUCAUUUGGAAUGACUAGUAGAAUCUCUAAUCAAAAUCUGCAGGGAAUGGAAGAGGAGAUAUCCUUUGUGCAGAGGGCAAUGGAGAAAAGUGUGGUGUAUAUGUUGGGAGAAGCAGAAGUAGUAGCAGAGCCAAACUCAUCUAUACUUAACAAGAUAGUUGUCAAUCAUAUUUAUAAUUUCUUGAGGAGAAAUUUCAGACAAGGAGAUAAUUUAAUGCAAAUCCCACGUUCUAGGCUUCUCAAGAUUGGAAUGAUAUAUGAAAUAUGA